GCUCGGCAGCGGCGGCAGGAGCAGCGCUGUGCCCGGCGGCCCGCCCGCCCCGGCCGGGACCAUGCUGGACCGCGAGGGCGGCUGGAGCGUCUCGUUCGCCGGCUGCGGCUUCCUGGGCGUCUACCACAUCGGCGCCGCCACCUGCCUGCAGGAGCGCGCCCCCCAUGUCAUCCGCGACGCCCGGCACAUCUACGGCGCCUCAGCCGGGGCGCUGGCCGGCGCCGUGCUGGUGGGAGGCGGCUCUCUGGGUCAGCGGGGGGUCCGGCGGCUCUCUGCGUCAGCCCGGCGGCAGCGGGGGGUCCGGCGGGCGGCGGGGAGCGGGCCUGCGGGAAGGGGCAGCUCAGGCUUGUGCAGAUGUUCUGGCAUUAGCCAAAGAAGCUAGAAAGCGAAAUCUUGGUCCUCUUCAUCCUUCCUUUAAUGUGAUAAAGAUAAUAAGAGAUGGACUGAUGAGAAAUCUUCCAGAAAACACUCACCAGUUGUCAUCGGGCAGACUGUGUAUUUCACUAACCAGAGUAUCAGAUGGUAAAAAUGCUUUGAUAUCUAAUUUUAACUCUAAAGAAGAAGUUGUCCAGGCUUUAAUCUGUAGUUCAUUUGUUCCUAUUUAUUGUGGCCUAAUUCCACCAUCAUUUAGAGGUGUGCGCUACGUGGAUGGAGGAAUCAGUGACAACUUACCUCACUAUGAAUCUAAGAAUACAAUCACAGUUUCGCCUUUCGCUGGGGAGUGUGAUAUCUGUCCAAAGGGGAAUUCUGCCAACUUUCAUGAAAUGAACGUGACUAAUACCAGCAUUCAGCUCAGUUUGGGGAACCUUUAUCGUUUAACACAAGCACUGUUUCCACCAGAACCUAAGGUACUAGGAGAGAUCUGUGAGCAAGGAUACUCAGAUGCUCUUAAAUUCUUGAAAGAGAAUGGUAUUCUGAAUGACUCAAUUUAUAUCCACUUGUCCUUCACAAAAAGAAAUCCUCAUGAGGCUCCACAGCAUGUUGACAACAUGAAGAAAAAAAAAAUGACAGAAAAUAACAGAGUAGAAACCUUGAAAAUGGCAGUAUUUAAUGACCAGCUGAAGCAAAAUCCAUGGCCUUUGGAGAAGAGCAUAUUUGAGAGUCUACCUCCUAGACUUCGUAAAGCACUGCAGGAAGCUUGUAAAGAACAGAAUGGAUUCUACACUCAGUUCUCUAAACUCUUCCCAAUGCGGGUUAUAUCCUAUCUGAUGCUGCCGUAUACAUUGCCAGUGGAGUCUGCUUACUCUGUUGCUUUACGGUUAGUAAACUGGUUUCCUGACAUGCCUGCUGAUGUUCGAUGGAUGCAGGAACAGCUCUGUCGGAUUGCUGGUACAGUUUAUUCCCAGGCUAAAAGCAAGCUGUUCUGUACAUCCAGGAAAGACAAUUAUGCAUCACUAAGAAAAUGUCAAACUGUCCCAUCUACUAUGGAAUUUCAUUCUUCAUACUGCCACCUUAAAAUGCCUCGCUCUUCUGCAGACCUUGAAACCUGGCUCUGGGAAUCUUCAUGCUUCAUGCACUCAGCUAUGAAAAAUGCUUCUGCUAACAUGCAGGAGCAUUCAGGCUUAAACUCCCAUCCUAAUUUUCUCCCAAAUUCUGAUGAGUCUGGGUUGGAAAUAGAUUUUGACUUUUCCUCAGAGACAAGUUUCCGAACUGCUCCAGAGUAUUAAUUUGGAAGUAGAUGCCACAGUUUCCAAAAUUCCAGUUUGGCAGAGAAAUUUAAGUCCUAAAGGACUAAAGAUCACUUUAUUGCCAAUAAGUCUUGGAAAAUCAUUUGUUUACAGCUUCUUGACAAAUCUGCCUUGGGAGUUCUACUGUUUUAAGGAUUGUAAAAACAGUGGCUGCUUAACAGAUUACAAUUCUGACGAAGCACCAGCUCAAUCAGCUGUGCUAAGACUUGUAGUAAACUGUCUCUCUGGAAAUAAUUUUUUAAAAAAUACACUUUCAGCAUAAAAAUGUAAAUUCUUUAAACACUGUUAGACAAGUGUCGAUAACAAAAGCUUUUUAAAAAUAUAGUUCUUAAAAGUAAUCCUAACACAUAAUACUGUUACAGCACUUAAAUGAAAUUGGACUUUUAAUUCAUAAAAGGAAAUACACAAAUGAGCUGUUUAGUGGCCUCCAGCGUCCAUUUGCCUUAUGUUUAAACAUACUGUUGUGUUUAUGGAAGAGUUGUCUACACAAGAUACUGUAGUGACAGUAUUAUGCUAGGUGGUUGUAUAUAUUCCACAGUUCAUACUGCUUCUCCUCUAUGACUCCUUCCCCCCUUGAUAUACUUAAAGGGAAAAAGACAUAAGAAAUGGGACACAUUCCCCUGAAGUGUAAACAAGUACAGUUUCAGUGAUUUUGGAGGACUUUAUUUGUACUUAAUAAGGGCUUAAUACUUGACUAAGUAUUGAAAAGUAGGUAAAAUAGUGACUGAUUAGUAGCAAACAGUAAUUUGAGUUGGUGGUAGACUUCACAGAAGAUGCUAUAUGUUGAUUUUUGUUAACAAGUGGUGAUGUUUAGGUCUUCUGUCCAACUGCUGACCGUUCUUAAUUUCUGCCCCACCCUGAACUUGCGAGAUUUUUCUUCCCUUCUUUCACAUCCCUCUUGCUGAAGGAGGGAAGAAAGAAGGGGUCCCUCCUGUCUCGCUGAGGUAUGAUAACCCAAAGGAAGUUGGGUUAAGGAAGUUGGGAAAUCAGAAUACUGAUUGUUACGAGAAGCAAAUCUGUAAGACUUAGUGGAAGUAUCCAGGGAGCUGUGAAGGUCUCAAAUAAUGGGUUGAAAGUCAGCCAAAUCAUAUCUGUAUUGAGCGAUGAGCAUUUUAAACGCUUUCCACUACAAAGGUUCUGCAUAAUUUUAAUAAAGACAAUGCAUUAGUGUAUGAAUACAUCAGGAGAAGUAAAUAACUGUUAAUAUUAACAACUUUUCAGAUGUUUGAUUAUCAUGUCUUUUACAAUUUGUUUUAAGUAGGUGGAAAUAAUGAUGGCUUUAAAAUUGAGUUUGUGCAAGUGUUUGGGGGCAUGCGUGUGACACUUAAGCUGCUCAUUCAAGAACGUGAAUUCUGUGCAACUUGGGUGCAGUGCAGGGAGCAGACUAGAUGCUUCCUGCGAGUAUCUUGUACAAGGAGAAGCAGGGAUUAAUUGUGCUGCUCAGGAGUGGGAACUUUGGUAUCCAGAAGUCAGUCCAAUAGCAAGAUGUAGCACUUCUGAAUUGGACACACUUGUUUCUGAGUUCUGAUUUCACUAAGCUUGAAGUGCUAAACUUUUACAACAUGAAAACUGAUUUUAGAAUGGUGGGGGGGUGGGAGAAAGUGUCAGGCUACCCAUUUCUGUACUACAGAACGCUGGUGCUAUUUUACUUCAGCUCUUUUGUUCAUUUCUUCUGCGUGUGCAUCUUCAAAUUUGCGAAAGAAGUUGAAACAAGAUCUGUUUUAUAUUGUCUUCGUUUAUAAUUUUAAGCUUCCUAUAGUGUAAUUUUAUAACCUGCUGCAAAAUGUUGGGUUUACUAGUUAUAUGUUAGAAUUUAAGCAGGAAGGCCAAGUUUUGUCUCCUUUCUGUAUACUGGAACAGCUCUGCUAACUACAAUCAACCUCAACUACUUAACUCUGUUGUGCGCAGCUCUAAUUUUGUGUCCUUUUUCUAAAAUAAAAAGACAGUCUCUUCUGUUA